CUUGUUCAGCACCCUCAUUCUUUCUAUUUUCUAAUCUGCCGUCACAAUGGCUCCAAUCUGUCGUGCGCGGCUGCUGUCUGACCUCAGUGGGCAGACUGCCUGCGACAAGGAGGCAACCUCUGCUGAUGGGCGUUUGUGCGCAUUCCAUUCUCGUCAGUGUCAAGCUCUGUAUCGCGGAUACAAGAAGCGCAAUGCAGAACUUGACUCAUUACCUAGCGAUCAGCCAUCGUACUACAUCGGCAAGAAGGGAUCUACAGUAUCGCAUGACUAUGCAGACAUCAACGAUGAGGCGACGCUGAGACAAUUGCAUGACUAUCUAUUCAAAACAUUCCAACUGCUGGACCGCGUCAUCCGAGCGCGCAAGCUGCAUCACAGCCAUUUCUUCGCCAUCGACAACGACUAUGGCCACCAGAAAUAUCUCGACAAGCUCCUUAAUGACAAGCAAAAUAUUACCAAAGCGCUCGAGAAGCUCGGAAGGCGCGCAGCCACCGUCAUGUACGAGCAACAGCAGUGGUUCGACUGGAUCAAGGCGACGCAGGCCAAAGAAGAAAUGGAAGGAGAGACUGAGUCCAAGAAAGUCAAGCUCGAAUCUUUACUGUUCCAGCGCCAUCAAAAAGAGCUCAGGCGACAGCAGCGAGAAGUGCAGGCUAGAGAGGCGGCAAGGCAACAAGAGCAAUAUCUAGACGACACUCACCGACAACGCCUUGCCGACGUGUCUGAGGAAGAGCAGGACGACUGGGAUCCGAUCAAGGACGUCUACGGCUAUGAGCGAGACAACUAUGCAGAGCUCAUCAAGUACUUCCUCAUGCUCAAAGACCAGGAGCCCAACGAUGCCACGGAAGAUGCGUCUACCGAGGCCGUCGUUACUCAAGUGGACGGCGCUUCUGAGCCAGCUGCUUCUUUGAAGGCUCUCUCGAAGAGCGCUAAGAAGAGGGUAAAAAAGGCCAAUGCAGAGACAAAGAAGCUGGCAGAUCCCACGCUGCGAAACCAGGAGGGGAGAGGCGCGAAGGUAAUUGGGAUGGAAACCAGAAGUCAGAUGCGAGAACGACUCCGCCAGCCUGUAGAAUUCCAGCGAGUCACAGGCUUGUACGCACACGGAAGUGGGCCCACAGGCUUCGAUGCUCAGACGCCGGCCAUCCCAGCCGAUGAGAUUGAGCAGAUCUUGGACGAAGUGACUGAGAUCAAGAGUUUCCUAUUCUGCCGGUUAUUGCUCGCGCAAUCGACCCUGCUACCGGCCGCGCUCAAGGCCGAAAGUAUCGAGGACUUCAUCGGCAAGGAAGAGGUCACGCGCGAACAUCUCCGUGAUCUCUGCCUGAAGCUAGAGCGGCCGGUGCUGCAGGAUGUCCGCGAUGCCUGCGCUGACUUUAUUCGUGACAGAGAUGGAGUAGAAGAUCUCGAAGAGCCCCAUGAGAAAGAGGAAGCCGAUGAAUGUCCCGCCACACAUAGAGCCCCAGACAAGUAUCGCCUGAACUUCAAGAAAGGCAGGAUGCCCGACAACUACAAGACCAAGCGCGAGAGAUCCGCAAUGGAUGCCAGCAAGAAGCAAACGAAUCCCUUCUCGGAGAACGAAAGCGCUGUAGACUUUGGCAAAAUCACAGACGAAAGUCAGUACACUCGCAAGCGAACCCGCAUCAAGAUCUGCGGGCGAUACAUGUACAACUAUCCCAGUGAGAAGGCCCUUACUCGUGGCGGUUGGCAUCACUUCUCAAUCAUCGCCAAAGACUCGGAUCUCUUCGACGCCGUGGAGCUUUGCCGCAACUGGAACGAGUUUUUCGAGCUGAACAUCCUCUGCCUGUACCAUUACUUUCCUGCUCCCAAGUGGACCAAGUUCAUUGGCGAUCCGGCCCGCCAGCAACUACUCCAGCUAGGCUUCAUACCGUACUUCCACGCAGAUAAGGCAGAGUCGGUCACAAACUACUUCCAGACGGGUAGUCGUGGGAUGACCCGUCGAGCGCAUCAACACACAGAGAUGAGGAACUUUAUAUGUGGACACAUCAAGCGGGAUGAUCCUGUCAGCCGUCGCUUCAUCCAGUACCUCGCCAUGGAAACCUGGCAGCUGCGCGCACUCGUUCGCGACGCUAAGACAGGUCGCAUCCUGAUUUCGCCGCCUGAAAACGAGCUGUGGCUGCUUCGCGAGAAAAGCGGCUGGGGUAGGGCUAGCAGGAACAAGUACGAGGUCCUUGGAGAGAUUGGGCCGACGUUUUUCGAGGCUAUGGACAAGUCUCGCAAGUGGCACUUUGGCUUCGAAGAGUUUUAUGAUGUUUAUAUUUGGGACUCCAGCCCUGGUCGCUCUUUCUUCACUCUGCAAAGGAAUAUCGAGGAAGUCCUCACGCGUGCCAUGAGAGUGCGGGAACUCAAAGACAUGUUCUCUACUGCCGGACCGAUCCUUAGGACUCUCACCAAGGACCCGGUUACAGAGCGUGUACGCAGCAUCAAGCCAAACGAAGAGGUACAGAGCAUCUGGGACGGGCUCGAUAAGAAUGCUCGAGCGUGGUCGUGGUCGCCCCAGGAUGGUUCCACGAAAGAGGGUUUCGAGGACAGCUACAAAUACACAGAAGCCGACGAGUUGGAAGACGCGAUCUUAUUCCCGCUCGAGAACGCUGGACUGCUACCCGACGAUCUCUACUACAGAGUUCCCAGCGCGAUGGAGAUGUUCGAGAAAGAUCCAAUCGACAUUCGAAGAUUCGCUGAAGACCUCGACACAGAUGAAGAAAUCGAAUCUUCGGGCGGUACCGAUCUCGGCGAAGUCGAAGAUGAUGACGAUUCCGAGUGGGAGGAUGAGAGCGAGGCUGGUGCUGAAUGUGCUCUAGACACUGACAUAUCACUCGGAGAAGACGAUGAUACUCACGAAGCAAUAGACUUUCUCAGCGAGCAUUUUAGGUCGCUAGCGUUGAGGGAGCCCGACUACUUCAUAACAGCUUUGCGCGAUCCGAGUUCGAAGACGCUUCAGAAGCUACCAAAGUCAGUCAGGACGAAUCCAGCAGAGCUCAUGUGGGCUUGUCGUUUUGCUCUGCGGUCGCAGCAGGAAUAUGACGAUAGUCCCGCGAGCAUGGAGGCUGACUUCUUUCGGCAUCUGGACCGCCAGAAGAGUAAAGUGUUCAAACAAAGUUUCCACGUUGGAGAUACAGAGCAUCAUGCGCUUGCGCGCUAUGUCGAGCACAAGUAUAUGAUCGAUGCUAUGGACGACUACAUCAUGUCCCAAUCCGUCAAUCCUGGACCCUUCGAGCUCUGCAAAUCCCUGCGCAUGGCCGACAUGUUCCGUGAAGAACGCCGCAUUGUCGACGAUGCUUUUAGGGCCUAUGCAUCCAUUGCAGUCUUCUUCGAUGGCGACGCGUUCCUCGCAUCCGAGCACGGCAUACCCUGGCGAGCCACAAAGCUGCUCAACCAGAGUGAGCGCGCCCGGCACAUCCCCGAUCGCCGAACUCACCAAAGCAAUAGAUCCCUGCCGAAAGAUCUCUGGAAGCCCUGGGACGAUCUGUUAAUGCAGCACAAUAAAUCCCCUGGCGACCCCGUCACCGACAUCUACCCCAUGGCCUGGCGCAAAGCCCUGCGCCCCGUCAUCAUAAAACUCUUCAAGGCAGGUGUCCUCUGCGCCUCCUACAGCGGCCAAGCAGCAGGCCUCGCGACCGCGCACGCCCCGUCCGGACAACGAAUGGACAUGUACAUCGACUACCGGCGCGGGCUGCCGUUGGUCCAGCUCGCAUCGCAUCUGCAGGACCCGACACCGCUCGAUCGAUCGCACGUGAUCGCGCAAACCAAGGCCUUCGCGAAAUCGCACCCGGACGCCAGAUUCUCGGUCCUCCGCCUCUGGUCCGCGCCGCACUUCUACCCACUCAUACUCGGCAUCGACAAGCGGCCGCUAUGUGCCUUCCUCGACGACCGCGGCCGCUGCUGGGACUGGAAGUUUAUUCCCAAGGACAUGCCGUUCAGCGAGUGGAGCGUCCACCAGCAGCUGUCGCUGCGGCUGCAGCCGUACGCGUCCGUGUGGGGCGCGCAGGUCUGGGUCGCCAGGGACCUUGUGGUGGUCAUGGGCACGGAUCAGAAGGAGUGCAGGAGGUUCAGCGAGGGCGUCACGUGGGCAGUGCAGACAAGGCCGUGGCGGCUGGAGGUGGAUUUCUGGCGCAGUUUUGUGGGGGUUGACGCCCAGUUCCUGGAGGACUUGGACGAGCGGUGGUUGGCGUGAGGUGCUGGAUUGGGAUCAAGGGUGCGUCAAUGGAAAGUAUUUGGGAAUAUCUCUUGCAAGCCAGCGCUUGUCAGCCGCUUUGCGUAGAGACAACGUUUGCCAACACCAUCGUUUCCGUCUUACCGUUUGGUCGAUAUGUGUCCCGG